CCUCUCGGGGGUAGGGGGGGGAAGUUGGAAAAAACAGCGAGCGGCUUGUGAGAGGGAAUGGGGCCGAAAACUGUCCUCUGUUACUGCUCCACAAAAUCUCCGGCUCCCUCCCCUCACUUGACCCCGUACGGCCACUAACCGGAGCUGAGGGCGACGCGACACCACAGGCUGGGCCGUGCACUGAGUGAUUUGUCGCGACCGUUGAGGGAUCACCUUCGCACGUAAGGAUGACCAAGCACUACCUGCGUGUGGAGAAAGAAGUAUGAAUGUCACUACUGUUAUAUUAAGAAAUUGGAAAGUUGCAACCUGAAUCUCCCUAGACCAAAGCAGAAUGUGGUAAAAGCAGCAUGGCUGAGGAUUGUGUUGGAUCUACCUACAGUGUGCUGUCAACAAUGCCUUCCGACUCAGAAAGUAGCAGCUCCCUCAGCAGCAUUGGUACAGGUACAUCUGGGAAAGCUGCUUCUCCUCCACCAAUGCUCAUGGAUACCAGGCAGAUGAGUGAGAAGUUAGAAGCCAUAGUAUUCCAACUUCGACAGGUCACUCGGGAAAGAGAUGAGUUACGUAAACAGCUAGCACUUUCUUCUCCUGGGUCUACAUUCGAUGAUUGCAGACCCAGCCCAAAGCCGAGCCAUGACUAUGAGAGACUGAAGAUGCAGUGCAUGAAAGCCAUGUCGGAUCUGCAGUCUCUGCAGAACCAACACACAAAAACGCUAAAGAAAUGUGAGGAGGCAGUCAAAGAAGCAGAUUUUUAUCACACAUUGCACAGCCGCCUGCGAAAUGAUCAGUCUCAACUCAAAGAAGAAAUGGAGGCCAUCAAAAGGGAGAACACCCAGUUGCUACGGGAACACAAUCACUUUCAACAGACCUGUGAGGAGUUAAAGAGGCUCCAUGAUGAAGAUCAGAAGGAAAUCACUGAUCUACGCAGUCAGCAGCAACAAGUUAUGAGGGAAAAUGGCUCAUCUGAGAUUCUAAAUAAACUAUAUGAUACUGCCAUGGACAAAUUAGAAGGCUUAAAGAAAGAUUAUGAUGCACUAAGAAAGCGGUACAAUGAGAAGAUUGCCAACCAUAACACUGACCUCAGCCGUCUAGAGCGAGUGGAAGAGGAAAAUCGACGUUUUCAGAAACAGAAUGAGAUGCUGAUGAAGCAAACUGACUCUGCUGUUGUGGAGAAAACUUCAAUUCAGCAACAGUAUUUAUCUACAUUGAAGAGAUAUGACUCAAUCCAGCAUGAGUUAAGUAAGGCAACUGUACAAAACAAAGAGCUUCAGAGAGAAAUGGAACGGUUACAAACUGAGGUGACACGAUUCAAGACAUUACAGCUGAAAGCUGUAAAGGAUGCAGAGAAGUACAAGGAAGAGAGGGAUACGGUACUGAAUGAAUACCGCCUGGUCAUGAGUGAAAGAGACCAAGUACACAAAGAAAUUGACAAGCUGCAAACUGAAUUGGAAUUGGCACAGGGUCACCUAAAGAACACAUCAUCAGAGAGAAAAGUAGCUGGUGAAGAACUUGAAGCUCUUCGACAGGAGCUUCAUUCUGCGUUGGUAGAACGAGAUCAUGCUAUCUGUGAAAGGAAUGAACUGCUGGAGAAAUACUGCCAUGAAGUGAAGGACAAAGCAGAAGCUCAAAAGGAGCUUGAUCAGGCUUGUAAGGAUAUUGAGACUGUGAAAGAAGAGAGAGAUGUUGCUAGGAAGGAAAGAACAGAAGCUAUCAUCCAGAGAGAUCAGUUGCUGCGGGAGUACUACCAGGCCCGACAGUGUUUGAAUUUACAGAAACAAGAUUCAGCGACAUUGGACAUGGAAAGAGCCAGUAAGGAAAUCGAGAUGCUUCGGAAGCAGUGUGAGGCAAUGUCCCAGGAACUGAAGGAAGGCAUACAGGAGGCAGAAGUAGCUAAACGUAGACGAGACUGGGCAUUCCAAGAGCGAGAUAAGAUAGUUGCAGAAAGAGAGAGCAUAAGAACUUUAUGUGAUAACUUACGGCGGGAAAGAGACAGAGCAGUGAGUGACCUGGCAGAAGCUCUUCGGGAUCUAGAUGAUAUGAUGAAACAAAAGAAUGAUGCUAUACGUGAACUGAAGGAACUGAAAGAGAAAAUGGAAAACCAGCUGGAGAAAGAGGCCCGGAUUCGGCAGCUUAUGGCUCAUAAUUCGCAUGAUUCAGCCAUUGACACUGAUUCCCUUGAAUGGGAGACUGAAGUAGUUGAAUUUGCAAAGGACAGGGAUGACAUGGACUUGAAGGCAUUAGGUUUUGAUGUCGCAGGAGGGGCUGAUGAGCCUUAUCUACCUGGAGACUCUGGGAUAUUCGUUAUAAAGGUAGAUAAAGGAAGUGUUGCAGAUGGAAGGUUAAGGGUGAACGAUUGCUUACUCAGGAUAAAUGAUGUAGAUCUUACCAACAAGGACAGGAAGCAUGUCAUUAAAGCUGUACUGAAUGGUGGAGGGGUAAUUAAUAUCAUAGUUCGAAGAAGAAAGUCUCUGGGAGGCAGGGCGAUAACUCCAGUUCAUAUCAACCUUGUGGGUCACAAAGACAUUGGAAUCAGCUUGGAGACUGGAGUAUAUGUAGCUACUAUUGUUCCUGGCAGUUCUGCUGCAAGGGAAGGAUCCUUAACGGUGGGAGACAGACUGAUUACAAUAAAUGGUAUUGCACUAGAAAACAAGUCACUGACAGAAUGUGAAGCUUUGUUGCGAAAUUGCAGGGAUUCUGUCAGUCUUUCACUGAUGAAGGUGGUUCCUCAGAGUUCCUCUUGGAGUGGACAGAAUAUACUUGAAACACUAAAGGAAUCUGAGAAAUCUGGAAACUGUAGGAUUCAUGAAUCGGAAGUACAGGUUCCUAAUACCCGAAACUUGAAACAUAACAGUUCAACACAGACUGACAUUUUCACUAUAGACUCGAGCUUACUUGACAGCAAAAAUGAUAGAGCCAGUCAUGAAGGUGGCACAUAUUGUGAACAUAAGCAAUUUUCAAGCUGUCCUUUGCAGUCUAAUACACAUAGGACAGCUGAUCAUACUUGCCACAAUUUUUCAGACCACAAACCUGGCCCUUUCAGCCCAGAGCUAUUUCCUGAUCAAGGUUAUGGGAUUGCAGAACAUGAUAAAAGACGCUUCACGUUUGACCCAACAGUUACGGAUUGUGUGGUGGUGGAGACAGGCGCAGAAAAUGGGCAUAAUUCUAAACACAGUGGUGGCACCUGGCCAAAAACAAUGGUGGAUGUUUCACCUUCUGAACCUGGAAAACUCUCCAUAUUCAAACUGCCAAAACAAAGGAAGCCUAUCUUCGAUCCAGAUACCUUCAAAAGGCCACAAACUCCCCCAAAGAUGGAUUAUCUCUCUCCAACACAAAAGCAGACGCAUUCUUUUCAGUCAUCAAAGAGUGAAUCUGGUUCAACACCUCCAACACCACCCAAAAGGAGUGAUUCAUUCAAAUUUAAGCACAAACAACAAGCUAGCUCUACUUCAGACUCUACAAUAAAUACUAGGUCACCUCCGACCAGCCCCACAGGGCCUAAAUCCCCUGUGUCCCUUGGAAUAAAACAAGAGACAACAUAUGAAGUUCAUGAUAUGAAGGCUGGCCACUAUCAGCCUGCUCAGUACUUAGAAGGAACUGCUUUAAUACCUUCAAGGACUUCUGAGAAAUCAGAAGGUAACCAGAGAGUUGAGGAGGAACCUAUGAACAGACGGCGACCAAAAUCUGCUCCAGUUUUAAGACCAAGCAAACUUGCUCCCUUGAUUAUCUCUGGACCGUCCCCUCAGGAAAAUAUUGACCCCCAAUCGCGCUAUGAGAGUCAUGCAUCUUGCUCCCCUAUUCUCAAGUACAAUUCAAGUGAAGAACGCCUCUCUUUGGAACUACACGAAUGGCACCAAAACGCACCAAAACGCUCACAUAGGCACAGUAGUGGCUAUGUACCAGUAGUCUAUAAUAGUCCACCAUCAGCAGGCAAUGUACAGAGAAAUUUUGUGCCUUGUCCAGCUGUGACAGCUGUCCUGCGCAAUCCAAAUGUUCCUUUCUUCACAGUUCGGAGUCGUAUGGUCCACAGUAGCAACUAUCCUUCCAUGGCUAGUCAGAUGUGCUAUCCCCAACAGCAGCAUAGUAGGGCAAGAAACCAUUCACCAACUGAAAGCUUUAAUGGUUCUCCACGGACCCGGCAUAGGCCUCAGAGUGCAAUUUGCUUUCCAGAAUCUGUGCAUGCCUUUGACAGUUUUAGCCCACAACAUCACACACAUCAUAGCUUGGAUCUGACUGGCCCAGACCACAAACACUCAAGUGACUUGUUGGAGUCCUCUAGAAGCACAACAUCACAUGGAACACAGUCUCUACCAGCCAGUGCGCGUAUUGCAGGUUCAUCAAGCAGCUUGGCUUUUGCUCCGAGUAAAAGUGGUCGGAUUCGAAUCCCUUCAAAUACCCGUUACCCACGAUUGACUACAGGCUCUGACAGAGGUUCUGAGCGUAGCAGCCCCAGUUUGAUUACACCCCCACAGUCACCAAUGAACCUGGAGACGACAUCGUUUGGUAGCAGCCAAUCACAGAGUUCAAUUUCUUCUCUGACUAAGAUCUCCAUUAGUCCUGUGUCAACAGGAGAAUACAGGAAAGACAGAUACCUAUUUCGUAAUAGGUCCUUUCUGAGAAUUCCUCUCACUCCUAGGCCUCGCUUCUCAUCACUACGGAGCCUGAGGCCCUAUCUACAAGAACCCCGUCAUGUGACAGUACAGAAAGGAACUGAACCACUUGGAAUUUCAAUCGUGAGUGGAGAAAAUGGAGGGAUAUUUGUUUCCAAGGUAAUUGGUGGAAGUAUCGCUCAUCAAGCAGGACUUGAAUAUGGUGACCAGUUGCUUGAGUAUAAUGGCAUAAAUCUGAGGAACGCCACUGAGCAACAGGCCCGGUUAAUUAUUGGACAGACAGAACCAUGUGAGACUAUCACCAUCUUGGCCCAAUAUAACCCACAUAUGUAUCAACUGGGUAACCAUUCACGUUCCAGUUCUCGACUGGAGCCAAUAAGUAACCAUUCAACUCCCCAGGGUAGUGGAGCAACAACGCCCGACAAUCACUCCAUGAUUGAUGCUGUGAGUGAACAGGAUGAAGGGACAAUAACCCCUCCAUCGAAGCAAACCACCCCAACUACUAGUCCACGUGACUCAAUCAGAAAGUCAAUUGAUUCAAGCAACCAAAUUGCUGAACCGCGAUUCCUUUUCCUAAAGAAAACCCAAAUGGAAUUAGGGAUCCAAAUUUGUGGUGGAAACCUAUAUGGAGUAUUUGUGGCAAAGGUGGACGAUGACAGUCCAGCAAAUGGCCCUGAUGGGCUGAUUCCCGGGGAUAAAUUGUUGGAGUACAAUGGCACCGAUAUGCGGAAUGUGACGGCUGAGCAGGCCUAUGUCGAAAUGCUGAAACCCACAGAAACCAUCUCUGUGAAGGCUCAGUACAGAAUAGAGGAAUUCAACAAGAUCAGAAAUGAAGCCGGAGAUGGUUUCUAUAUCAGAGCACUUUACGAUCGAGUUGCUGAAGUAGAGCACGAUUUAAGUUUUAAGAAGGAUGAUAUCCUUUACGUUGAUGACACACUGCCGCAAGGAAACUUUGGUUACUGGAUGGCCUGGCAAUUGGAUGAAAAUGCUCAGAAGCUGGAAAGAGGACAAAUCCCCAGCAAGUACAUGAUGGAUCAGGAAUUUUGCAGAAGACACAGUAUGUCAGAGGUCAAGGAUGAAAAUGGCUCGGUGAAGACACUGUCAGCAGCAGCCCGAAGAUCAUUCUUCCGGCGAAAUAAAAAACAUAAACGGAAUAACUCGAAAGAUGGAAAGGAGAUGUUGGCUCUUGAUGCCAUAAGCACUGAUUCUAUCCCUUUGUUGGAAGAUUGUGGAAGUCUGGCUUAUCAAAGAGUGCAGAAAAUAGAGUGCACCUCACCAAGGCCUGUGCUUAUUUUGGGACCAUUAGUGGAUGCUGUGAAGGACAUGUUAGUUAAAGAUUCCUCUGGAAAAUUCUGCAGAUGUCCACUAGAGGUUAUGAAAGCUUCCCAGCAGGCCAUUGAGCGAGGAGUUGCAGACUAUCUCUUCAUUGAUUACAAGAGGAGAAGUGGCCAUUUUGAUGUCACAACUGUUGCCUCCAUUAAAGAAAUAACCGAGAAGGACAGCCACUGUUUACUUGAUAUUGCACCACAUGCCAUUGAGCGUCUACACCGGAUACACAUCUAUCCAAUCGUUAUAUUCAUACGGUACAAAAACUUGAAACAAAUCAAAGAGCAAAAGGAUCCAGUGUUUCUGCGGGACAAAGGUACACAAAAAAAACAUUCCAAGGAACAGUUUGAGGCUGCUCAGAAGAUUGAACAGGAGUAUACCAAGUUUUUCACAGGUAUUGUCCAGGGCGGCAGCCUGCCCUACAUUUGCACUCAGAUCAUGACAAUUGUUGAUCAAGAACAAAACAAAGUUUUGUGGAUUCCAGCUGGAACACUCUAGGAUCGCACUUGGGCAGCUCAAACUUCCUUUGCCGUAAAGGUGUGAAACCUGACAAUUGCCGUAUUGAGUACACAAUCUGAAGAUUGCAAAUUACACAGAACAGGCAAUGUACUUCUAGUGAACAGAAAAUGAAUCUCAUUCUGAGGGUGUUGGGUCAAACCUUUUUAAAUACACAUUGACCUGGCAUCUGCUGUACUCUGGCAUUGUUACAAAAAUACCCUUCAAAUUGGAUAUAUUCAGGACUGAUUUUAAAAUAUUUUAUUCUACCUUCUUUCUCCACUCCCCCAAAUAAAAUUUGAAAUAAAA